AUGUCUGUCACGCUGCACACGUCGCGCGGUGAUCUCAAGCUUGAGAUCUUCUGCGACGCCGUCCCACGCACUGCCGAGAACUUCCUCGCUCUCUGUGCCUCUGACUUCUACAAUGGCAGCCCCUUCCACCGCCUAAUCCCCGACUUCAUGGUACAGACGGGCAGUCCUGCCUCCGAUCCAAAGUCAAAGGCCUCCACGGCCAUCUACGACACCCCGACCCAGCUCUUCGAGGAUGAGAUUCGUCCGGCCCUCAGGCAUAAUGCUCGAGGCAUCGUCAGCAUGGCCAACAAGGGUCCUGAUUCCAACGGCAGUCAGUUCUUCAUCACCUUUGCCCCUGCACCGCAUCUUGAUGGCAAGAACACCGUCUUCGGCAAGGUCAUCGAUGGUAUGGAAGUACUGGAUGACCUCGAAAAGGUCGAAGUCGACAAGAAGUCGAGGCCGAAAGAGCGCGUCGAGAUCAAAAACGUCACAAUCCAUGCCAACCCUCUAGCAGGAUGA